ACACAAAAGCAACCUCAAGUGACUCGACAUGUUUCUCUGAAUGAUGUCAGCAAUCACUUUCAUCCAUUUUUUUGUUGUUGUUUUUUUUGCUUGGUGGAGCAGGGAAAUAAGGACCAGUUUGCAUAGCUUAUUACACCCGAGCAAACAAAAGGUCGCUUUGUCAGAAAGCUCUUGGAUGGAUACAUGAAGGUACAAGACUGACCUUCCUUUACAGCUCAGUCAGUCUUUUAUUUCAGGACCGCUGACGGAGGCUCAUCACAGUUCUUGUUGCUUACUGAUCGUCAGGGAUGGAGAAGCAUCUGUUCAUGAUCCUGUUUUUAACCGGUGUCCUCUCAGCCCCACGCAGGUACUAUCUGAUUCAGCAGGCGAUGACAUGGAAUAGUGCUCAGACUUACUGCCGAGCCAAUCAUGAUGACCUGGCUAUCAUCGACAAUGCUGACAACUUGAUCCGAUUUCAGAGUGAAGUACAGAGGCAACAAUUCAGCUCCAAGGCUUGGGUUGGAAUGUACAAUGACAUAAACAGCUGGCGCUGGUCUCUUGAUAAUCACCCGAUAGGUCCAGCAUUGUGGGCUGCAAUGUGGGCGCAGCCUAACAAUGGGGCAGGAGAUGAAAUAUGUGGUGGGGUAGAUAGUUACGGUUGGCUGGAUGCAUCAUGUAGCCUUUUGCUUCCUGUUGUAUGUUUUGAUGCCAGGUACACCGGCACUGACUGCUACAUUUACAUCGCGACUAAGAUGACAUGGCCCGGGGCUCAGAGUUACUGCAGACAGUAUCACACAGACCUGGCCUCUACCAGAAACCAAACUGAACUAUCCAAUGUACAGUCAAAGAUUCCUACGUUCUCUUGGAUUGGUCUGUUCAGAGACUUCUGGAAGUGGGCAGAUGGGACCAACUUCUCCACCAUUGCAUGGAUGCCUAAGAAACCUGAUAAUGCCCUGGGACAUCAGGACUGUGGAUAUAUAUUUAAUAAUCAAGCUUGUGAUGCUCAGUGUACCAAUUCAUUGCCUUUCUUCUGUUAUUCAUUCAUUACAGACAAAAAACAAAAUCUAAAACUGAAGGUCAUGUCCAGUCAGGAUGUAAAUGAUCCUGCAGCACAGGCGAGCAUUUUGGAUAAGAUAAAACAGAAGCUGAAGGAUCAUGGGAUGACAGAUAACAUCAGAGUUUGGUGGAGACAACAGGCAGAUGGUCUGGUGUUUCACAAGGAGAAAUAAGACAAUGGAUUAGAGCGAUGUCUCGACGGCUUGACCUUUGUUAUAUCUACACUUGUUUCCUUCACCCAUAAUCCUCUGAAAAUAUGCUAUAUGCUGAAACAAUACUGUUAGCCUUCAUGAGCUUCUUUACUCAGUGCCCACCAAAAAAAAUGCAUGUGUAAAAAGUCAGAUCUAUGAAUAUUGAUUGAUUUACCACAUGGUAAAUCAUUUACCACAAAGCUUUAGCGGUCUUUUGCAUUAGUGCUUAUGUGCUGUGUGUUGUGUGUAAGAGUAUAGUGCAGGUCACGUGACUUUGUGAUUACUUUCUGGGUUUUUUCCCCUGAACUCCAAAACUGUCUCAGUGUAAGAACUGGAGUGUGUUUGGGUGGCUUACAGUGGGACCAAGGACUUUUAUUAACUAUAAUAAAUGAAAUAAAUGCACUCUAACUAUUUUACUGCUACUGAAAAGCUGUUAAAUGUUAUAUGAA